AAACAAGAGGAAGGGCGAGUCUCUGAAUUCUCCACCGUCCUGCCAAAGCGCAGAAAAAAAUAGAAGGAAGCUGGCGACUUCAGAUAUGCAAUGUUCAAAGCAAAUACCAAAACUGAAGCUGUUCAGCCAUAGUGACGGUGACAAUGAUCCCUACGACGAUGACGCCAUGAAGACGUACGAGAAAAAUGAUGACAUCGACGCGAACGACGACGCCAUCGAUGGCAGCGACAAUGGUACCUCCGACGAUGUGGAAGUCCAUGAUGACGACGGAAUAAACAGUAGCAACGAUGAUGGUGAUGUUUUUCGUACUGCUUUGCAUUCAACGCCGAAACCAGCGAAGAAAGCACACAAAACCUGCCGACCGUAUUCUUUUCGUGACGUAGAGGAGAGCAUUGAAUCUUUUGGUGCUGAGGAAGGUCAAGACGUAAAACUGUGGAUGCGCCAGUUCGAAGAAAUGUCAGCUGCGGCUUACUGGAACGAUGUUGCGGAAGAAAUUAACGGGAACGGCGAGGCGAUUUGUGUUCACUCAACGCAAUCUGAACACAUUCGCAAAGUUAAAGAAAGCCUUAAUUGUCGAGUUUGCCCCUCUCGUGAGAGCGUGUGACG